UUCUCGUUCCAAUUCCAUUCACAAUGUUGAUACAACCGCUGCUGGGUCAUCUAAGCCAUUUGCUUCACAUUAUAGUUACCCAAUAUUUUGCCUCUUUAAGCUCUGUGCUCAUUGUCUACAAUGACACUUUGCUUACCUCGGCUCUUCAGUUGGAGUAUCUCAGUUCUUUGCAAUUGGCCCUGCGAAAUCUUAGUCGUCCUCUUUUGCUGCAAUGGAUCAAUGUGGCAACUUUGCUCGAUUAUAAUGACUUGGAGUUGCAGAUAUUAAAAGCUGUCAAUAAUACUGUGACCGAGGGUUUCAUCACAAUUUUACCACAGACUUCGCUCUUCAUUCAUGCUCGUUACUUUGCCACACGGAAUGCCAAUGUCAGGCUUAAGGACAAACGUUAUUUAUUUCUGUGUGAACACGAAGAUCCUAGAGUUUUGCUUGGUAUGGAAAUAUUGCAGUUCUACCCACACCAUCUGAUGGUGCGACCAGAGCAAACAGCUGCCAUUGCCCUCGGGCGACCAGCAGCGACAGGAACGCCUCGUCGAGUCGACACGGUGACGAUGCGAUUGGGUAUGGAGUGGGAUGGCAGUUCGGCAUCUGCCGAUGCCGAUGCCCAUGCGGAUACGGUUACCACAGCCACUUUGCCACACCGCGACAUCAAUUUCGAGCUGUGGACACAAAAGUUUUUGGGUGCCUUUGGUAAUUUGGAUGCUAUACGCCUGGACGCAUUCUUGCCGAAUGAAACUUUUGUCAGUUCUCGUUCCCACUACAAUGACUCCCACAACCACUCCCAAUCUGAACUCCACACGAACUCAGUUCCAGUUGAACUUUAUCCCAACAAGUUGCUCAAUCUGCAGCAGCGUACACUGCGAAUGGGCUCCAUUACUUAUGUGCCAUAUACAGUUACUAAUUAUGUGGCAGCUGGCGAAGGCAAUGUUGAUCCAAUUAAUCCUCAUAAGGCCAAUCAUUCGAUUGCCUUUCACGGUUCCGAGGCGAAUCUGAUGAAGUCCUUUUGUGCGGUGCAUAAUUGUCACCUGCGUGUGGAAUCAUAUGGUGCUGACAAUUGGGGCGGCAUCUAUGACAAUGGGACAGCCGAUGGAAUGCUGGGCGAUAUUUAUAAACAACGCGUUGAAUUGGCAAUUGGUUGCAUCUACAAUUGGUAUGAUCAAAUUACAGAGACCUCAGCAACGAUUGCUCGUUCUUCGGUUACCAUAUUGGGUCCAGCACCGGCGCCCUUACCUUCGUGGCGUUCAAAUAUCUUACCAUUCAAUUCUGGCACUUGGCUUCUACUCAUUUUCACCGUACUAAUUUGCAGCUUAAUAUUGUAUUUAAUUGAAUACUACAAUUAUUAUGUUCAAGAAAUGUUGGGUCAGCAGAAUGCAAUGAAAUUUCCACAUAGAGAGAAACUUCAGAAAUCUUUGCUAGAUACAUUUGCCCUGUUCAUACAACAGCCAUCGGCUCCGCUUGGGUUCAAUCGGUUUGCAGCACGAUUUUAUUUGGCCACCCUUCUGUGUGCCACCAUCACGUUGGAGAAUAUCUACAGCGGCCAACUGAAAUCGCUGCUAACGAUUCCAUUUUAUAGUGCUCCCAUUGACACGAUUGCCAAAUGGGCUCAUGCCCAAUGGAAGUGGGCAGCACCUUCCAUCAUUUGGGUUCACACUGUGGAGCAUUCCGAUUUGGUGAACGAGCAAAUAAUGGCCAGAAAUUUCAAAGUUCGCGACUAUGAUUUUUUGUAUAAUGCCAGUUUUCUACCCAACUAUGGCUUGGGCAUUGAGCGCUUGGCCUCGGGGGCAUAUUCCUUUGGCGACUAUGUGACCCAAGCGGCAGUUGAGAAUCGUAUAAUUUUACAUGAUGAUUUGUAUUUCGAUUGGACAAGAGCCGUUUCCAUUAGAGGUUGGACUUUAAUGGACAUUUUGAACAAGCAUAUACGCAUCUGCCAGGAAUCUGGACUCUAUGUACAUUGGGAACUAGAGAGCAUUGUGAAAUAUUUGGAUAAAAAGACUCAAGAGAUUCUUUUGGAUCUAAACAAUGGACAUAAAGUAAAGGAGGAGCCAAAACCACUUAAUAUUCCGGAUAUAUCUGGUGCUAUGUUUGUACUGGCCUUUGGUCUAACCUUUGCCACUGUUGUAAUGACAUUGGAGCUUUUUUGGAACACGUUUCUAUCAUCAAGGCACAGCCAAUAAUUGAGUUCUAUCUUAUGUAGAGAUCUAGUCUGUAAACUAUCUUUUCGAAAUCAAUUCAUAAAUAU